AUGUUCAAUUGUGUGAUGAAAGGAAACCACUUGGUGUGGAACACUGAAUUUGAGGAAGCAAGAAAUUAUUUGAAUUCAUUGAAGACGAACCCUAGAAUGACCUUUGAGCUCGGAUCUAUUGCUGCUCUCUCAUCGAACAUUUCAGGUGAAACAGCCAUGAGAGAACAAGGCAUGAGUGAUCUUGAGAAUGCCGAACAUGCCUUGAAAAAGAUCAGCAAAAAAGAUGACAUUCUGAAACUCGUCGAAGAAUAUAAGGCAUUGAACAAGAAGUUAAAAGAAGCAUCGGAAGACUAUUACACUCACACUGAAAGAUCACACAAAAACUUUGUAGAAUUAGAAGAAAUGAAUGAAGAACAAAUUCUUCACAAUUUUGAGCUCGAUUUGACACUGUUGAAUGGAGAGACUCACUUGUUGAGAGGCAUUCUUCAAUUUCAUGCAUCCUCUUAUUUGAAGGGAUUUUACAAUUUGAGAAAGGCCUAUUUGAAAUUUAAAGAAGUCUACACAACUGUUGAGAGCUUGAAAGAUGAGCCAAAGACUUCUCCUAAAUUUGUACACAGUGACUUAUUGCAUGGAGCUUAUUUUGGAUUGGGUAUAUUCAAUUUCAUGCUUUCCAUUUUACCUCCAACAUUAGCAAAAAUUUUGAGCGUUUUAGGUUUCGAUGCUGACAGAGAUCAAGGCUUGCAUUUGUUGAAACAAGUGCACGAUUACGGUGGUAGACAUUUGGGCAAUGGUGGAUUCAUGUUGUGCUUGAAUUACCUCUUCAUUCCUCGAGCAUUACAAGACAGAGAGAAGAACCUCCAAGAAGUGUCUCCAAUUUUGGAGAGAAUUGGUUCUCGCUUCCCUAAGAGUGGUUUCUUUAAGUUUAUUCACUCUCACUACGAUAGAAAGGCAGGAGACAUUAAUUCUGCGAUUUCAAAUCUUAAGGAUGCCAUUCAAAUCACGGCAAAGAGCAUGGGCACAAAACCCAAUAACUUUUUAUUUGAACUCGGUGUUUGUUACAUGUUGAUCAUGAAUUUUACUGAAGCAGCUGCCAUUAUGGAAGAUUUGGUCAAGUCAGAAAAAGAAUUUGAUACUAAGGGUAUUUCUUGCAUGCUUCUUUCAGUUUGUAAAUUGAAGCUUGGUGACAAAGAAAGAGCCAAUAUUCUUAUCAAAGACUUGGACAAAUAUGUGUCUAAGAAUUCUCGAAUUGAUAAGUUUGCUCUCGAAAAGGUUGACUUGAUUAAGCACAUCAACACUGAAGAGGAAAAGCAUUUGAUGAUGCUUGUAUCUAUUUUCCAAAUUCUUUACUUGAGAAGAGAUUUAGCGAAUUUAUCUGCUGACAUUGCAGAUCCACUUUAUCAAUUUUUCCUUAGUGUUGCAAAGGAUGUGAAAAUUGAUGACAAGAGCAAGGUACAUGGUGAUAUUGAAUCUGGUAUGUGUGUGGUUAAAGGACAAUUCUUGAGACAAUUAGGAAAGAAGGAAGAGUCUUCUGCCGAAUUCCAGAAAGCCCUCACUUUUGAAAACAAGAUCAAACUCGAAAAGCAAUGGAUUGCCUUCUCUCACUAUGAAAUUGCAGAGUCCUGUUAUCUGGGUGAUGUCAAGACUGAAACUGAUGAAAAGAAGAAGCUCCAACUUUUGCAUGAGGUAAAGAAGAGUUUAGAAAAAUGCAACAAAUUGAGCGGAUAUCCAUUUGAAGAAGUGUUGCAUAGUCGUGCCAAGCUUGCAUUGAAACAAGUUGAGCAUGAAAUUAAGGAAUUAGCUCAAAAGGAGAAAUAA